AUGUCCUUAUUUUAAUGCCCAGCACUCUUCUUAACCAAAGAUAGUUAAUUUCAAGAUGUAAUAAUAACAACUCAGUUUGGCUCUUUACAAAUAGAAGUACUUUUAUUUAUAUAAUUUGAUAGUUGAAAAAUGGAAAUGAGUAAUUGGUUUAUUUACCCUAAACUUCUAUGGAUACUAUUCUCUGUUUUGCUAGAAAAAUAGAUGAAAGUAACAUAAGUUUUUAAUAAAUAGACAAAUAGAUGGGCACUUUAGAUCUCCAUAAUCCAGAAACAUAAAUUAAGGUUACUUUCCUCCUUAGUUUGUAGAAUAUUGAAUAGUUAUCUCUUAGAUUAAAAGGAAGAUAAAUUUUCUAUUCCUCUUCUAAUUAUAUAGUCUUAGAAAAAUUAGCUCCUGGAGUAAGUAAGGAAAGAUAUUUAUAUUAGAACUUAUUUCAACACUUUAAAGAGUCUCUGUUGAAAAGAAGGCUAUAUUUCUUUCAAAAGAUCAAUUGACUAAUAGCAGAUUGGUAUUUAAUAAUAUAAUAAUGACAGGGGCAAUUAAAAUAAGAGGCAGACAUUUUACGACUGUUAAAAGAUAACACUCAUAAAAAUAUAAUUUAGUUAGAAGAAAUCCUAACAGAUUAUAAGUCAGUUUCAAUUAUUUUAGAGUAUUGUAGAGGAGGAGAUCUUUUAAAACUACUCCAUCUCAAAAGAAGUAUGAUUGAUAUACCUGUUUUAAUGUUUAAUCUCCUCUCUGGUAAAAUAAUAUAUAAUGAAUUAAGGUUUGAGACAUCUUCAUGAUUUAGAAAUUGUUCAUCGAGAUAUUAAGCUUUAGAAUAUCUUAUUUACAGACUCUUAGAGAAUGGACUCUUUGAAAAUAUCUGAUUUUGGCUUUGCAUGUAAGAAAUCCGAAAUUCAAUACAUAAAUCCAAGGUUUUUUUUAUAUAAAUCACUCUAGAUGUGGAACUCUUGGAUAUACAGCUCCUGAAGUAUUUAGUUAACCAUGUAGUUAUGAUGAAAAAGUUGAUAUUUAUAGUGCAGGGAUUGUAUUUUAUAAUCUGUAAAUUAUGUAAUAUAGUUUAGUUUAACAUUCAAAAAUCCAUUUGGAAACUUAGAAAAUAUUUCUGAUUUAAUUAAAUUUAACAUUAACGGAGACUAUAAUGAGACUCAUCUAGAAAAUACUAAGUUAAAUAACCCUCUAGCUUAUAAUUUACUAAUAUCAAUGCUUUAAAAAGAAUCAAAUAAAAGGCCCAGUGCUUAUGAAUGUCUUAAUCAUCCAUAUCUUUAAAGUCAUCAAUAAGGUGAUUUUAUUAAAGAAAUGAUUUAGAUAAAAAGAAAAUUAAAAAAAAAGAAAAAAAUAAAUUUAACAAUUAAAAAAGAAUUGGCUGUUUAUGAAUGA